AUGGCCCAGCAAGACUUGAAACAUGUUCCUGAAUCCAUCAGAAUGGUGCUAAUUGGUCCACCAGGUGCCGGAAAAGGUACCCAAGCUCCAAACUUGAAAGAGCGUUUCUGCGCUUGCCACUUGGCCACCGGUGACAUGUUGAGAUCUCAAGUUGCCAAGAAGACCGCUCUCGGAUUGGAGGCCAAGAAAAUCAUGGACCAAGGUGGUUUGGUCUCGGACGAGAUCAUGGUCAACAUGAUCAAGCACGAGUUGUCAACAAACUCGGAGUGCAAGAACGGUUUCAUCUUGGAUGGCUUCCCAAGAACCAUCCCACAGGCCCAGAAGCUCGACCAGAUGUUGGUGGAGCAAGGCAGACCUCUGGAGAAAGCCGUCGAGCUGAAAAUCGACGACGAAUUGUUGGUCUCCAGAAUCACCGGCAGACUCGUCCAUCCAGCCUCUGGAAGAUCCUACCACAAGAUCUUCAACCCUCCUGCUAAGGACAUGAAGGAUGACGUCACGGGCGAAGAUUUGGUCCAGAGAAGCGACGAUAACGCCGACGCUUUGAAGAAAAGACUCGGUGCGUACCACCAGCAAACCGAGCCAAUUGUUGAUUUCUACAAGAAGACCGGCAUCUGGUCCGGCGUCGACGCCUCCCAGUCUCCAAAGACUGUGUGGUCCGACAUCUUGAAGUGUCUAGGCAAGUAA